AUGAAACAACUUUCAGUCAGAUCGAUUCGUAUUUGCAAGGUUGUAGAUCUAAAGACGCCCGUUGGAUUCAGGCUCGCGCAGAAGAUGCUCACUGUUAAACUGCCAUUUCCGAAGGACUCGGUACAAAUGAUCAUCCCACAGGUCAACUUUCCACCCGUGUCGGGAGCGAAUUUUAGAAUUCAAAGGAGACCAGGUCUUUUCGAUGCGUUGCCUAUGCACUCCUGUGGCAAGAUCCACGAACUCUGCAAUGUGGUUGACCAUCUUGUUGGUGUUGCCCAGUUUCGUCAGGUUGUGCGACGACCUGUGGUCAAAGCUAGGCUCGCCAUGGCAGGGCUGCUUAGUUUGGGGAAAAGUCUUUUUGCCACUCUAGCAUAUUCACUGCCUCAGUACCCUGUACACUGGAACCUGCCGUCUCAGAAGUCGAACGGUAUGGCGACCGGUGAGAAGCGAUCAGAUCUCAGACUGUGUACUUACAAUGCGAGAACAGUGUCCAGAGACGCUAACCUGCGUGCCUUUCUCGGAGCUGCAGAGCGUAUCAAAUUUCACGUAGUUGCUCUGCAGGAGACCAAGUGCAGAUGGAGCGACGUACGACCGAUGAAUGACGGAAGACUCAUCAUUCGUGGAGAGAAGGUUCCGUCGCGAAAUGUAGGCAGUGUUGGUUUUGUUGUUCACCCGUCCGUCGUCCAUCUUGACGAUUCUCACGAGAUCCUGUCACCUCGUCUGAUCAUUCUUUGCCUCCGUCCUCUGCGCCAAAAACCCAUCAGUAUCAUCAUCUGCUACUCACCAACAUCAAUAGCUGAUGAAUCCGAAUUGGACGCGUUUUACGAGGAGCUGGAGAAAGUGAUCCGCAACGAGAAGUCCUUCUACAAAUUCGUUAUCGGACACUUCAACGCAAAUCUAGGAAAGGUUACAGAAGAGGAACACAGGAUCGGAAGAUUUGGACAAAGGGAACGGAAUGAAAAUGGCAAUCGUCUCGCCGCUCGCCUCUUUCAUGGGAACUCUCUUUUCAUGAAAAAGGAUCAUCGUCGGUGGACAUGGGAAUCGCCCAAUGGCGCGACUCGUGCGGAGAUCGACCACAUGCUCACUAACCGGGGUGACUUGCACAUCGAGGAGGACCCAAACGUGGACUACGGGAUACUGCUCAUAGGAUUACGAGCCUGUGCUGAGCGUGCCUCGAAGCUGCGCACGACAAAUUUGGAUCGAAUUUCGAACACCAUCAAGGAAUUGUUGGAAAGAAGAAUGACUUUGAGGCUUGGUCCGAAUGCAUCGCACAUUGAGCGGUUAGUAGCUAACGCUAGCUGCAGAAAAGCGUUGCAGGAGGAGUUCUCGAACUACAAGCAGAAGAAGAUUCUGGAAGCAGCACAAAGAAGAACGAGUCUAAGGAGGUGCCGCAGGGAAUAUAAUAUUCCGCUAGCAGCCUUGCUGAGCGAAGACGAGACUCGCAGUUCUUCUCGUCGUGAGAUGGAGAUCGUUACGGAGAGGUUUUACUCAAACCUUUUCCGUUCAUCAACUCCUGUGUCAAGCCCGAUCAUCAUCAUUGGUGAAGCUCCACCACGGAUUCCCCCUUCGGAAGUACGAGUCGCUAUCAAGAGCAUGAAACCUGGCACAGCCUCCGGACCUGAUUUUAUUGCAGCAGACUUCCUUCGGGCUGUGGCCAUCCACUUCAUGUAA